ACCGGAAAUGACCGCAGCACGCCGGAAGUUUACCCGUUUCCAAGGCAACGGCUCCACCGCAACUACAACCGGUUAGCUGUAGUCGGGACGCUGGAAAGCACCUCGGAGGAGAGGGUAGCGGCUGACGGCGGCCGCCGCCAGAGCGACUCGCGGAGAGUAGCAAUCGAAGACGGCGGCCGCCUCACUAGUCAUCGCGUUUGGAGGACAAACGGCCGACAUGGUCAAAGCGGCGGCCAGUUAAGGGAAAGAGUUAGCGAAGACAGGGGAAGUAUCCGUGAAGACGGCGGCCACCUCUAUAGGGGCUCUAGAAGAGUACGUGAAGACAUCGGCUUCUCCCGCAGUGACUCGAGAAGAGUCAAUGAAGACCUUGGCAGUGUCCCUCUGGAGAGAGUUAGGGGAGAUGGUGGCCGCUGUUACAGCACCUCCUGGGAGACAUUAAGGGGAGACCGCGGCUUCAGCAGCAGCGACGUGAAUUUAAGUGAAGUCGGUAGCCACCAAACUAGUGACUGUGAGGGACCGGUCCGAGAAGACCGCGGCCUCCGCUUCAGUGAUUCUUGGGAGGGGGUCAGAGAAGUCCCCCAAACCAGCGACUCCGGGGAGAGAAGCAGUGACUACCACAGCCGCCGCCUCAGUGACUCUUGGGAGGAAGGGAGUGCCGAUGGCGGCCACAGCCUCAAUAAUUCCUGGGACGGAGUAAGUGAAGAUCGCGGCUACGCGGCCAGCGACUCCUCUGCGGUGAGCGUCAGCAUAGACGCCAGCCGCCGCCUCAGUGGAUUCUGGGAGGGAGAAAGUAUAGACGAGGGUUCCCGCUGCGGGAGCUCCUGGGAGAGAACCAGGGAGGACGGCGGCCCCGGUGCUAGCGACGACGAAGGCGGUAGCCGCUGCAGUGGCUCGUGGGUGACAGCAAGUGAAGAUCACCGUAGCAGUAGGGGCCUGGACUCGAUUCCUCCCCGAAGUCCGCGGGAUCGCACCAUGCCCGGGGUGUCAGAUUCAGGCCCCUCCACUUCCUCUAGGGAGACUGCAACCCCAAGUGCCCAGAAGAAGGUGCAUUUUGGUAACAUACAUGAUGCAGUACGGGCUGGAGAUGUAAAGCAGCUUUCAGAAAUAAUAGAACGUGGAGCCAGCAUUAAUGAAGUUGACAUUCUCCAUAAGUUUUCCCCUUUACAUUGGGCAGCACAUUCUGGAAGUUUAGAGUGUCUUCACUGGCUCCUCUGGCAUGGAGCUGAUAUCACCCAAGUAACCAUGAGAGGUUGGACAGCAGCUCACAUAGCUGCAAUCAGAGGCCAAGAUGCUUGUAUGCAGGCUCUCAUAAUCAAUGGGGCAAAUCUGGCAGCUCAAGAUGAUCGUGGAUGCACUCCUUUACACCUUGCUGCAACACACGGACAUUCUUUCACUUUACAGAUAAUGCUUCGAAGUGGAGUGGAUCCCAGUGUGACUGAUAAGAGAGAAUGGAAACCUGUGCACUAUGCAGCUUUUCAUGGGAGGCUCGGCUGUUUGCAGCUUCUAGUUAAAUGGGGAUGCGGCAUAGAAGAUGUGGACUACAAUGGAAACCUUCCAGUUCACUUAGCAGCCAUGGAAGGCCACCUUCACUGUUUUAAAUUCCUACUCAGUAGAAUGAACAGCACCACACAGGCUCUAAAAGCCUUCAAUGAUAAUGGAGAAAAUGUAUUGGAUUUGGCCCAGAGGUUCUUUAAACAGAACAUUUUGGAGUUUAUCCAAGGGGCUGAGUAUGAACAAAGUGAUUCAAAAGAUCAGGAAACCUUAGCAUUUCCAGGUCAUAUGGCUGCCUUUAAGGGUGAUUUGGAAAUGCUUAAGAAAUUAAUAGAAGAUGGAGUAAUCAAUAUUAAUGAACGUGAUAAUAAUGGAUCGACUCCUAUGCAUAAAGCUGCUGGGCAAGGCCACAUAGAGUGUUUGCAGUGGAUAAUUAAAAUGGGAGCAGACAGUAAUAUUACAAACAAAGCAGGGGAGAAACCCAGCGAUGUGGCUAAGAGGUUUGCCCAUUUAGCAGCUGUAAAGCUAUUAGAGGGGCUACAAAAAUAUGACUUGGAUGAUGAGAAUGAAAUUGAUGAAAAUGAUACAAAGUUUUUCUUAAGACAUGGUGUUGAGGGAAGCACUGAUGCCAAGGAUGAUCUAUGUCUCAGUGAGUUGGAUAAGACAAAUGCCAGAAUGAGAGCUUAUAAGAAAAUUGUUGAAUUGAGACACAUGCUGGAAAUUGCUGAGAGCAACUAUAAACACUUGGGAGGGAUAACAGAAGAAGAUCUAAAGCAGAAGAAAGAACAGCUUGAGUCAGAAAAGACAAUCAAGGAGCUGCAGGGCCAGCUGGAGUAUGAACGGCUACGCAGAGAAAAAUUAGAAGGUCAGCUGGAUGAGUAUCGCGCAGAGGUAGAUCAACUCAGGAAGACACUGGAAAAGAUUCAGGUCUCCAACUUUGCUGUGGAAGAGGACUCUACUGACUCAAGCAAAGAUAAAAGGCGAGUGAAGAAAAAGGUGUCUUCUGGGGGAGUUUUUGUGAGAAGGUAUUCAUCAAUGAAAUAACUUUAAAUAAACUUGUUUU